GACUCAUCAAUCAUUGAUGAAUAAUGAUUGAGUCAAUUGUUUUUGUUGCUGUUAAAAAUUUUCAUCAUCAUUCGUCGGUAUACAAAACAAAUACUCUCCAUAUUUUACUAUUAUUGUGUAAAUAACAAAAUAUGUUCAAUGCUUUCUGUAUGGUUUUUGUAUUUGUUUUUGAUAUUGUGGUUUUAUAAUAUUUCGUAUGCUGAACUAAUAUUUAUCAAUGGCUUGGUCAAGUGAAGUGGCAGCUUGACAUGAAACAUAAUCGUCCUGUUUACAGCUUUACACCCAGUUGGAGGUCUGACAAAUAGUUGAUUGGAGUGUUAUUAAAGGGCACGAACACUCGCUACAAUCAAUACUUCGUACAUAACAAUAACACUACAGGUAUCUAAAGCAAUCUCACAUAUCAUCUCCUCAAUAGAAAAUGACGAAUACUUCAGACCCCAAACGCGUUGAAGUUGAUGGUCGCACCAAUAUCGUAAGAAAUAAUCCACAGGCACGAGUGAAUGGAUCAUCACCUCCUGCAUCAGAUAAAAUCAAUCACAGUGGAAAUGUCAAGCGUGGUUAUGUAAACACGACGGGCUCCGUCAUGACGAGCGCUGAUUCUUCAUAAGUAUCUUAAUACAAAAUAUACUCUGGAGAUUUACUCUGGAGUAUAGACGCAAAAUGUUCGAUUGCGAUAUUCCCGCAUUAGUUUCGACAAAUGGAUGGACAAUGGAUGCGUCAUUGGAUUCCAUGAAGUAAGGAAUUGUAUCCUUUCGUAUUUUCGAGGUCGUCGCGAUGCCAUUCAUAUCGUGAAGAAAUGUCACUACUUCGGACUAUGUAACGAUAAAACAUCCAGCGAAUGUACACAUUGAAUGGUUGCAAAAUAAAUCAACACGCCUUUCAGCAAACACUCCAGAUUUUGUUGUAAUGGUGUUGCCCGAGUACAAGUUUAAUUUUGCGUGGCCUAUGAUUAAUAUUGUUUA